GGGGUCCAUACUGCCUUCAUCGAUCGACACAGGCGGUGCAGUUGUUGGGUUUCCAUUCUUGACUGCUGGCGACCAGUUUGACUUCGCAGUCCUGACCUUCACUGCGAGGCAGUUUCAGAGCUGACGGUGGCCUCAGUGGAAGGAAGGUGGCGCUUUGCAGAGUUGCUUGCUCGCUUCCCGCUAUUAAUUAGGCGAGAAAUCAGUCGACUCGGUCAAAUAUGGCGGAGCCCAAGCCCUGGGUUGACAUGCCAGGCCUCCGCCGGAUGAGCUGGAGGAAGAUGGGCGCCAUUGGCGGGGCUUUGGCCCUAGCGGGGGUUGUGCUUGGGGGCCUGCUUCUUCUCGGCCUGCCCGUGCUCCUCAUUGGUGGCUUGUUGCUUCUCCUUACGUCUCCUUGUACAUGCGCCGUAGGCUGCUGCACCGCCCCGCUCUGGAUUCCUCUGCUUCUUUUCGUCGGUAUCCCGGCGCUUAUCUUCUUCGUCACCACGGGCGGCAUCAUGCUGCUCCUCACAGUGUUGGCAGGCUUGACGGGUGCGGCUGGGUGGUGGAUCUACCGUUACAACCGGGGUCCGAUGCCUCCGGGCGGCGAUGCGAUGCAGAGAGUUCUCGAUCGAUUGAGAGGACGAUCCAGGGAAGUGACGGAGAGGAUCUCGAAGGUUGGACAGCAAGCCGCAUCUGCUGCAUCAUGAACCCAUCGUCUUGUAAUCUGACCGUGUAAUAAGCGAUCGAAGAAGAAAAAAACUGAUGUACGUGGCCGCGUCGUGAAUCGCUAAGUGGAAUCUGGUCGUCUCACCGGGCAAAACGUCAGAAUUGGUUGAUUGAUUGAUUCGUCGAUUAAAGCAGAGCAGAUGCGCGAUGGGCCCGGAUGGGGAACCCCGCUGAGCCUCGCAGGUUGGUCGACUGAAGGUCUUUUGUUUGCUUUGACGCAGAUUUUUGUCGGUCAUGUGGCGAUGGGUGUACGAAAAAAAACAAUUCUUGUGUUUUAAUGUGCACACGACACACGUGGCUGUGCGGAGAAGACGAUGUGAUCUGGAGGUGGGUUAUUGAAGAUCUGUCUGUUCAACUCUGUUGACAUCGACUCGGAUCGUUGUUGUCUGUUCAACUCUGUUGACAUCGACUCGGAUCGUUGUUGGCCGUGUAUGGAUGGAUGGGUUUACUAUCGGCGAAACCGAGGGUUUCCUGAGGACGUGCGAUAUGGCUGAGGGGACAACACGAAGGGAUCUGCAAAUGGGUCUUCUGGUUCACUAGCGAGGCGGUCUCGAGCCGGUGAAUGAUGGAACAUCAUGGAGAGAAUGAGGGGAAGUAGGUGGAGUACGUUGGAGGAGGGGAGUAGGGGAGGAGGAGAAAGCGAUGGUGAUGACGAUAGUUGUUUUAUGAAGAUGGUUGAAUAUACAUUACUAUGCGUACUUGGUCGAUAUUGUAAUAAUCACACUAGAAUCCCAAGGGCCGUUGGCUAGUACCCCAGGGGGUGUGGGAUCUUAAAAGCGUUGUGUUUUGCUUAAGGGGAACCUGUGCAGGCAUCCCCAGUCAGUAGCAAGUCCUCGCUCGUGCGCAGUGCGUAGAGAGCUAGCCAUUGGGGUCGGGAUAGGGGGGUCGAACUUCAAGGGGGGAAUGUUGGAGAGCCUCGAUGACUGACCUCCCUUUUCCUGGCCGUCCCAUGGAGGCCGAGCCCGGGGCCAUGCCCCACUUGUCGAGGUGUUAGUUCUGGUUUCAAGUAUGCAGGGCUCCCUGCCAUCCGAUCUGAUAAUUCCACGGCCACGAUGUGACCACGUUGAAAAAAUACAUCUUGAAACAGAAACUAAACCCCCGCUAGUGGGACAUGACCCCCGGUAUCUCUAUGGGAAGGUGGCGGGAAAAAAAAAAGACAAAAGGUACGUAUUUCAUUAAAAAUAAUAGUAAAAAAAAAAGAUGGUUGACAUUGCAAUAGCGCGUGCAGAUUUGGUAGGCCGUUGGCAUCGACCCCUGCGGGUCGGAGUUUCGAAGACGCCUUCUUCUAGAGGUGUUUUUUUGUUUGUUCGCUGCCGAGAUUACCCAUCGGGCGAUUCCUUUUUUUAUCAGGCGACCCCUCUCUGGAUUGAAGGGGUUUCUAAUCCUAUAGAUCGUCUCGUCGAGAUUCAGGGGUUUGUAGUCCUAUACAUAGUAUAGAACGUCGACAUUUCGGGGCUGGUGGUCCUAUAGAAUGUCGAGAUUUAGGGCAACUUAGCCCUAUAAUCUAUAGAACGGCGGCAUUCCGGGUAAUAAUUUCGAUUCGAGAUUUAGGGCCCCUGUUGGUCAGAACUUGGUCCUAUAGAACGUCGACAUCAGGGUAAUUGCGAUUCGAGAUUUAGGGCUCCUGUUGGUCCUAUAGAAUCUCGAGAUUGAGGGUAAGUUAGUGCUAUAGAACGUCAAUAUGCAGGGUAAUUUAGCCCUAAAGAAGAUGGAGAUGAAGGGCAUUGUAGUCCUAUAGAACGUUGAGAUUCGAGGAACGGGUGGAAGAGAUUGUCCACUAUGCUUAAAGAUGAGAGUUUGUUAGGAGCCAUUAAGAAGAAAUAAUAGAUAGACAUCAUCAUAAUCAUCAUAAUCAUCAUAAUCAUCAGCAUUGGUAUUAUGACCUCACAAGAAGCAACAAAAUUUAUCAUCAUCA